AUGUCUAUGCCAUUCCCCACUAAAACCCUUGAGUGUGAUGGUCGUCGUUGUCGUAAAUGCGGCAAAUGUCGAGAUCAUGGUGUCCGUGCGGGUGCUCGCGAGGGCGCUGCGGCCGGUGUUCUGAGUGUAGGUGCCCUUGCUGGUGUCUCGGUUUUUCUUGUAGCUAUUCUAGGUCCAUUUGGUGUUACUGGUAUUCUUAUUGCUAUGGGUGGUGCUACUCUUAGUACGAUCGGUGGUGCUACUGUCGGUGCUGGUGCGGGUGCGGCUUUCGGUUCUGUUGGAGCCAAAUUUUGUGGAGCUGGCGUAUGCAAAUGUAGCAAACGUCAAAGAAUGCUAUAG